AUGCUAUCUCAAUCCGAAGUUGCGAGGCUGCUAGACAGAUGUGUCGAUGAAGAAUCUCCUGAGCUGGCAAUGGAGGAGAUUCUCAGUGCAUACGUGGCGUGGAAGCUUAUUAGAGGGCAGAGUUGUGCACUUGUGUUGCAAAAACUUCGCUAUUUGACGAUGUAUCUGCGCGUGACCGAACGUCAGUGGGUUUUGGCCACAAUCCGAGAAGUUAUUAUGGUCACUGCGACAGAGCUUUCGUUUGGGGGAGGUUUGAUAGGAGCUUGUCCAGUGAGCACUCCUCUUGGAAAGCAAGUAUGGAAUGAUUUUAGAAGAAAACUCAGCACGACUUCUCAUGCAUUCAACACUGAUCCGGAGUAUGGUGGACCUAUCACUUUCCACGGGCUUCGUUCAAUCGACGAACCUAGGAACCCUGUUCGUCAUAUGGACGGAAAUAUUAUUUCGGACACCACCACUAACACUACUAGCAGUCGUACCAACGCCACUGGCGAUUCUCUUGCAACGACAUUCUACACUGAAGCCGCAGCUACGUUGAAUAGCUCUUCUUUAUCUAGCUCCCAUUGGCCUUUAUCCCGGUUUACACGUCGACGAAGAGAACAAGGUGUGAUGCGCGACGAGCAGAUAACUUGGUCUGAACGUCCCCGUUGGAUCUUAUUGUGGUUCUUGACUCGGCCACAUUUGGCUGGACGCUCGAACAUGCUCCAGAUGCUUGCCCCAGAAUACAGGUCUUUGGUCCCUGCAUAUACGUCUUUUAGAGGGACCCUCCCGAUGUAUGUUUCCGACAGAUUAAGAUCGAGAGACACAUGA